AGUCUUCAUUGUAAGAUUUUUCUCGAAGCUGACAAAACCGAAAGUAGAGCGGCAAAAGUUGGUGUGCACGUGCACUAUAAAGUGCUUAUUUACGACUAAAACUUCGUUAUAUUACGUGUGUUUUUAUUGAAAAUAUGACACAAGAGGUAUAUGAGCCGACAGACAUCACCCCUGAUAAAGAUGGGGGUGUUAUAAAGCAGAUUUUGCGCGCAGGAGACGGUAACGAGAGCCCGGUGCCAGGGGAUAAAGUGUCCGUUCAUUAUGUAGGGACGUUGGACGAUGAAACACAGUUUGACUCCAGCCGGGAAAGAGGGCAGCUCUUCGAAUUUGAUCUUGGGCAAGGGAAAGUUAUAAAAGCAUGGGAUUUGGGAAUUGCCACCAUGAAGAAAGGAGAACUUGCAAAGUUUACAUGCCAGGCAAAAUAUGCAUAUGGAGAGGUAGGGUCUCUACCAAAGAUCCCAGCCAAUGCUACUCUGAUCUUUGAAGUGGAACUCUUCAGCUGGAAAGGAGAAGAUUUAUCAAUGAAGAAUGAUGAGUCCAUUAUUCGUCAUAUCACCACUAAAGGAAGAGGCUGGAAGAAUCCAAAUGAAGGGGCAAUGGUUAAAGUACAUUAUGUUGGAAGACAUGGAGAGAAUGUCUUUGAGGAUCGUGAGGUGGAGUUUAACAUCGGAGAUGGGGUCAUGUCUAAUGUUAUAGAGGGUUUAGAAAUAGCCCUCAAGAGAAUGAAAGAGGGAGAGAAGUGUCGACUGGACAUCAAACCCAGUAUGGCUUAUGGAUCCAAAGGAAAUCCAGACCUGGGUGUACCUCCGGAUGCAGACCUUGUAUAUGAUGUGGAACUUCGGAGUUUUGAAAAUGUAAAAGAAAACUGGGAGAUGGAGCCCCAAGAAAAAUUAGAACAAUCUAGGAUAGCAAAAGAAAAGGGAACCAAAUUCUUCAAGGAGGGCAACUACAAAGUUGCACUGAAGUACUAUGAUAAAUGUCAGAAGAAUUUAGAGUUUGAGACAACACUGAGUGGUGAGGAUGAAGAGAAGAAGAAAGAAAUGAUCUUACUAGCACAUUUGAACAUGGCCAUGUGUUGCCUGAAAAUUGAUCAACCUGCCAAAGUUCGGGACCACUGUAACAAAGCUCUAGAGCUGGAUGAUAAAUGUGUUAAAGCCUACUUCAGGAGAGGACAGGCGUACUUUGCUGGGAGUGAUUUUGACCUUGCGAAGAAAGAUUUUGAGAAAGUGUGCGAGUUAGAGCCGGACAAUAAAGCCUCAAAGAACCAAGUAAAAAUUUGUGAACAAAAAAUUAAACAUUUUGAGAAAAAGGAGAAGGCCAGAUAUGUGGGAAUGUUUGACAAGUUUGCAGCUGAAGACGCAAAGAAGACUGAUGAGGACAAAAGUAAAGAUGGUGAAUCCAAACCAGCAGAGUAGUGCCCAGACUAGCAAUAGAGAGGGAUCCGAAACAACAACUACAGCAAUGGUUACCUGUCCGUGAUUCUGCCUUUGUGUUGCUUAGUGCCAUUGGUUGUACCAGACAUUUUGUGACAACUGUUUUGUUGACUUUUUAUCUCAUUACUACAUCCAUGAAGAAAUCAGAACUGUCUAGACUUAGCUCAUAGCUGUAUGUCAAAUGUAAAUAAAAUGUUAACCCAAAAUCAAUGUUACAGUACAAGUUAUGAUUUAGGAAUUUCUUAUCAGAGAAAUAAAACAUAUUUUGUAAGUC